GAAGUUUGUGCAAUCUAUCUUGAGACAAUAUAUUGACAUUAAUCGUAUUAUUUAUAUUAAACUACCUUAUUACCAACCGAUAAAAAAACAUACAUUAAAUAAUAGUUUUUAUCAAUUUUUAUAAAAUUGGCACAUUAGGUAAUAAAAUAAUUAGAUAUUUAUAAACGGUGUAUACUAUUCAUUUUGGAUUUAAAUGUUGGCCGCUAGUUUCACGCUACAGGCAGUCGUUUCGAGAGCCUUCCACAACUGUUCUAUACCUCUAGCAGUUAGGACGCGUCGCAUUCGAAGUAUAUCACAGAAAUAUUUAUAAAAUGGAUACGGAACAAUUUCGUAAGCAUGGCAAAGAGAUGGUGGACUAUAUUUGUGAAUAUUUAGAAACAAUAAAACAAAGAAGAGUGACACCAACAGUAAACCCUGGUUGGUUAAAAAAUCAAAUCCCACUAGAAGCACCUGUACAUCCGGAGGCAUUUGAUGCAAUAAUGAAAGACGUUGAAAACAUUAUUAUGCCAGGAGUGACUCAUUGGCAACAUCCCAGAUUUCAUGCUUAUUUUCCCUCUGGUAAUUCAUUCCCUUCAAUUUUAGCAGACAUGUUAUCUGAUGCUAUAGCAUGUAUUGGUUUUUCAUGGGCUGCAAGUCCUUCAUGCACUGAAUUGGAAACUAUAGUUUUGGAUUGGCUCGGUAAAGCCAUAGGAUUACCAGAAGAGUUUUUAACAUUUUCAGAAGAAGCGUCAAAAACUAUUAGUUCUGCGAGACAAGGUGAUAGUGAAACUGAAAUACACAACGGGAAAGGCGGUGGAGUACUUCAGGGUUCAGCAAGUGAGUGUAUAUUUGUUUGUAUGCUAGCAGCUCGAGCUCAAGCAAUUAAACGAUUACGAAAACUUCAUCCAUUUAUCGAAGAGGGUGUUCUACUAUCAAAACUGAUGGCUUACUGUUCUAAAGAAUCUCAUUCCUGUGUGGAAAAAGGGGCUAUGAUGGCAUUCGUUAAAUUACGUAUACUCGAGCCUGAUGAAAAUAACAGUUUAAGAGGAGCUACGUUAAGACAAGUGAUGGAACAAGACGAGGCAAUGGGAUUGAUACCAUUUUUUGUUUCCACUACAUUAGGAACUACGUCAUGUUGUUCAUUUGACAAUAUACCCGAAAUUGGUCUAGUAUGUCAGCAAUUUGAAACUGUUUGGUUACACGUUGAUGCUGCUUAUGCAGGAAGUGCAUUCAUAUGUCCGGAGUUUCGGUCUCUAAUGAAUGGAAUACAAUAUGCCGACUCUUUUAACCUCAACACAAAUAAGUGGUUGUUAACAAAUUUUGAUUGUUCAUGUCUUUGGGUAAAAGAUCGGUUUAAAUUAACUUGUGCUUUGGUGGUCGAUCCUCUCUAUUUGCAACAUGGUUAUGCUGGUGCUGUAGAUUAUAGACAUUGGGGUAUACCAUUGAGUAGACGUUUCAGAUCACUGAAGCUUUGGUUUGUGCUACGCACAUACGGAAUUUCCGGACUUCAGAAAUAUAUUAGACACCAUUGUCAACUAGCAAAACGAUUUGAAAGAUUAGUCAAAAGCGAUAAUAAGUUCGAAGUCUUAAAUGAUGUGAAGAUGGGGUUAGUUUGUUUCCGCUUGAAAGACGAUCCUACCAAUAAACUAAAUAAAAAGCUCUUAGAAACCAUUAACGAAUCAGGAAAACUUCACAUGGUGCCAUCAUUAGUACACGACAAGUAUGUCAUCAGGUUUUGUGUAGUUGCAGAGCACGCUACAGAAGAUGAUAUUGAUUACGCCUGGAAAAUUAUUAAAGAAACAGCAGUAACAGUCGUAUACAACGAACAAGAACUCACAGAAAAACGAGAAGAGCAAGUGGAUGAAGUGUUUGAGUUAUCAGAGCGUAAAAAGAAGGAUGAUUUGGCCUAUAGGAGAUCAUUCUUUGUUCGAAUGGUUAGUGAUCCAAAAAUUUAUAAUCCAAUAAUUGCCCGAUCAUCCCCUGGAUCUCGUAGACAUACUCAUUUAAGCUCAAUGGAUGAUGAUAUCCAUGAUCCAUUAUCUAUAGCUACAAGUGAUACAGAAGAUACAAUGACACAACCAGCGAGUUCAUGGAUAAGUUGGCCAUUAGCAUUUUUAUUUCAAGGAGUGUUUGAUGAUAAAGAAGGCAAUGAUGUUCCUGUAAGAUUUAGACAUUUAGCAACUAAAAUGCACUUUAAAUCAAAAAGCAAGUCACCAGAACACUUGGCCACAGAAGAAAACAAAUCAAGGCGCAAUUCUCCAGUAUUUCCAAGGAAAUCUAGUUAUGUUAAAACUGAUAACGAAAGUAACAUGCAAAAAUAAGAAUUAACCAAAACAUGAAAAUAAUUUUUGCUUGUGUUAUUUUUCUAGCUUGUUAAUAAUUAUAAUUAUUAUAAAUUCAUGACCUCAAAUGCAUAAAAUGAAUCUAGACGCUUAUAUUAAAAAAGAUUUACUGUUUAGCUAAUAUUUGUAAAUGAUUAAAAAUAAAAUUAUAUAAUAGGAUAAAAAAAAAACAAUGAAAUACAUUAGUGGAAAAUUUCCAAGUUUAUAAAUAUAUUGACAUAAUUUGUUUAGGAACUUAGAAUAAAUGGUGAGGAAAAUUUAGAACUAAGACUAAUUAAAAAAAUAUUAACAUUACUUAUCAAUCAAUAAUUAAAAAUGUUGAUUUCUAAUAGAUAAUUUAAUAUCAUAAUAACUUAUAUGCACAUUUUUUAUUAUAUAUUGAUUAUUGAAAAAAAAAAAACAAUCUAUUGUACAAGGGAAAUAGUCUCUAUUAAAUUUGUUACCUCACCGAAAAACAAUAGUAAGGCUGUAACUAUGAGAAGGUAGGGUCAAGGGUCUAAACCUUUAAUUUUCUUUAAAACUUAGAAUUAUAAAUGAUUUUUUAUUUAAUGUAUUGGAUAAUUAAAUAUUUAAAAUUUGCUUUUAUAUAUAAUUAGUCAAUUUAUUAAAAAAAAAAAGUGCAAUUGCAUUAAAUAUUGAUAAUACUAAAAAUGAUAAGUAAUAAUAUUUUUUAGGUAGCAAAAUUAUACUAGGCUCGGUAUACCAUUUAUUGUUUUUAUAAUAAACGUAUACCUAUUCAUUAUGCAUAUUGUAUAGUACAAAAUAUAUACUAAUAUAAACAAUAGUAUAAUCUAAAUAAUUAUGGGGUACCUACAUACAAUUAUUAAGAUAAAUAAUAAUAUUAAUAUUAGAUUUAAAAACAAAUAUUAAAUACUUUUUUAUUAUUAUUUACUCAUAGUAUUUUAAAAGCAACCAUUAUAUAAUAAUUAUUUAUUUUCUAAUCACAUAAGGUGAUAUGGACACAUUUCAACUGAAUAUAUCAUAUUUAAAUUCUUAAAUACUAAGUAGAUCAUAAAAAUGCCUGAGAUAUUAAUUUAUUUGUUGACUUUGUUGCCAUAAAAAAAAAAAUAAAAAAAUAAUCAUAAUAUUUGAGGUCAUGACAUAAUAACUUAUACAAUUUAAUUUGUGAUUAAUUGACUUGCUUGUUGUAUGAACAAAAUAAAUUAUUAGUGUUGAACUAUAAAA